AUAGGGCUAAGCAGAGGAGAGAUUUGGCACUUCAGCAGCAACAGAGGAUCAGGAGUGCCAGAGACCAGGGAUGGAACUGUUGUUGUACCAAACCCCCUCCAACAAACUCGAUGCCUACAUCACCGACCACCUCCUGCCCAGCAGAGAGUUCCAGGAGAAUGUCCAGGAUGCUGUCCACCGGAUCUGCUCUUUCCUGAAGGAGAGGUGCUCCAUGGAUGCCAGGGUGAUCAAGACCAUCAAGGGAGGCUCUGCGGGAAAAGGGACAACUUUAGACGACAACUCAGAUGCUGACCUGGUUAUCUUCCUCAGCUGCUUCUCCAGCUACCAGGAUCAGGCACAGAAACGUGCCUCUGUGAUCAGUACCAUUGAGAAGAAUCUGCUCCAGUGCUGUGAGAGUCUAGCCUUCAAAAUUGAUAUCCUGCCCCCACGGAUAAAAGGUGAAAUGACAUUCUCUCUCUCUCUCUCUCUCACCAUGCAAUCAAGGAAGAAGAAGGAAGCUGUUGAGGUGGACAUUCUUCCAGCAUUUGAUGUUUUAGGACAGAUAACUCUGUCCUUCACACUCCAGGAAAGAUACAAGCCACCUCCUAAAGUCUAUAUAGAUCUCAUCCACGCAGGCGGAAAGCCUGGUGAGUUCAAUACUUCUUUCACAGAGCUGCAGAGGAAUUUUGUGAAGCACUGCCCAGCUAAAGUCAAGGGUCUGCUGCGUCUAGUCAAACACUGGUACAAGGACUACAAGAAGGGCCUGAGAGAGAGAGAUCCAUCAGUAUCCCUUCCACCCAAGUUUGCCUUGGAACUGCUGGCCAUCUAUGCUUGGGAAGAAGGGACUGGUCGAAAAGAGCAGUUCAACACAGCAGAAGGGUUUUGCACAGUGAUGAAACUCCUGGUUCAGUAUGAAGAGCUCUGCAUCUAUUAGACAGAGUACUACAGCCUCGAGGAGCCCACAAUAGGGGCACAUGUAAAAGAACACCUGGUGGGACAACAAGUCCUGUGAUCAUGGAUCCAGCAGAUCCAACUGCAAAUGUUGCCCAGGGGAGAGGUUGGUAUUGGUUGUCUAAAGAAGCAUCCUCCCGCCUAAACAACCCGUGCUGCAUAAAAGACAGUGUGCCUGUGACCUCCUGGAAUGUG